UGAUUUUGUCGCAAGUUUUAUUUUUCCAGUUUUUAAAAAUAACUUAUUCAGGGGAAACCACUCUUAUAUUUAUCAAAGAAAACAAAAUUCCACGACUUACAAUACUCGGAGGAGAUCAAGCAUUGUUAAAUUUUACAAGUAGAUCUAGUACCAGAAGGAAUAUUCCAUUGGAUACAAUCUUCAGAAAAAGACCUUUUUGCACUACCACAGACCACUGCAUCAUUAUGUCUUUGGCACCAACGCAGAUCAGUGCAAUUGUUGACCUUUUUAAAGACCCAGAGGAAAAUUCAGACAGUGAUGAAGAUGUGGUCACAGGCGGGAGCACUGCAGCACUGGGUCCUGGAAGCAUUGGGCCAGAAAAAGGCUCAGAGGACAAUUCAGCUACAGAACCUGAAAAGAAGAGUAAAGACAUUUGGGCAGAAGAGGAAAUUGCUGAAGGUUCUGAGUUCGACUCUGUUUAUGAUCCUCGACCACAGCCAGACUACGACAUCCUGUACAGCCAGUCGGUGACAAGUGAAGACAUCUUUCUACAGAUGGGGAACAAAACGCCAAUGACUGCAAGCUGUGAGAAUAUGACUGUUAAGAUCAAGUUGCCAGCCACAAAAAUGUCGGACGUAGAGCUGGAUGUGAAGUCCAAAUUUUUAGACUGCCGGACGCCUAGAUACAAACUUGGGCUUCAUUUGCCUCAUCCUGUGGACCCAAAAAGUGGAAAUGCAAAGUGGGAUGGAAAAAAUGAUACAUUAAUUGUCUCUUUAAAGAUGAGUCGGGAAUAUGACAUGUUUAACUUUUGAAACUGCAUUCUGUAUCAGAUUAUAUUUUUAUUUUGUGUUUCAUAUCCAUGAAUAGCUGCUGUCGCCUUUGAGUGGAAUUUUUAGUGUCUAAUAGCCAGUUUUCGUGGGUCACACGUUACUGAAAGCUGAGUUGAAUUUUUUUAGGAUCUGCGAAGUAAAAGACAAAAUGUUUGUGUUUAUACUAUUCUUUGCUUGGUAUGAAUACUUUCAUGGAGAACUUAACCCUGUCCGUAAGCCCUGGGGUCAUUUUGUACCCCUGGGGUUGUAUUCCUCAUAUUUUAGAAUACUUUU